AUGCUCUGUCCAGCAGGUGAACUCCGGCUUGUCAUGCUACUGCUGCUACUGAGCACGUGCAGUCCAGCUGUUCAUAACAAUGCCACAGAGUCCAUCGGUUCUGACCCGAUCCAGGUGUUUCUUGAUGAGCCGAUCCAGGUGUCACAGGAAGAGCCAGUUCAGGAGGACUUGAACCAAGCAAGGAAUGGGGGAAGACGGUCUCCUGACCAUGUGCGCACAGGUGAGUCAAGACACAGGACAAACACUUUAUACCUGAUUGGUACUGCAGUGUGACAGGUUAGAGCAGAUUGCAGGUGGAUUCAAGGCAUUAAAAACAGUGUUCUCUGAGGAUAUUUCAGGAGGUUUGAGUCAUUAAAUGUUACAAGAUUACACUGUCAUUAGUAGGCAUGGUAAUGUUAAUCAAUUAAUGCGUAAUAAAUCAGCUAAGUCAAUUAAUCAACCAAUCAAUCAAUAAUAGGUCAAUUUAUCUGUCAUAUUUUGUUUCAUAAGAUGAAGCACAGAUACAGUUCUCUUCAAACUCUCUCAGUACAGAGCAAUGUUAAAGAUCCUUACAAACCAAAUCUGUGAGACAAGAACCAGAAUGACUGCGAACAAAGAUCUGUGAAAUCUGUCUAGCUAUAAAAAAAAAAAAACAAGAGCUCAGUGUGCAAAGUUUCUUUGCAGCGUGACCAUAAAACAGUCUGGGCCUAAAACAGUCUGUUUCUAAUAUAAUAUGUCUAACCAAGAAGAGCUUCUUUAUUCAAGAUGUUAAUUUCUAUAAUAGAAUUUAAUGGGAGCCAGUAUUGAGAAACACUCUCUGCUUUACUUGUAUUAGUCAACAUGGGGAUGCAUCCCUUGGACCAUCUGUUGAGUUUUUGGGGACUCUACUCAUUGGAAAAACCUUUAGUAAAGUUGUAAUAAUAAUAAUGAAUAAUAAAAAGAUGUUACCUUAUAUUGAUUAAAUGCAUCUAAAAUCUAAACUUCUAUUAUCUUGUUUUUGUGUUCCAGGUUUGGAUCAGAGCCAGGUGGGCUGCAGGGAGCUGCGGUCCACAAAGUACAUCUCCGACGGUCAGUGCACCAGCAGUAACCCUAUCAAAGAGCUGGUCUGUGCCGGGGAGUGUCUCCCAGCCCACCUGCUGCCCAACUGGAUUGGAGGUGGGGCUUAUAACGGCAGGUACUGGAGCCGCCAUGACACUCAGGAGUGGCGCUGUGUCAUAGACCGAACCAGGACCCAACGAAUCCGGCUCCAGUGCCAGGACGGCACCACCAGGACCUACAAGAUCAACGUGGUGACAUCCUGCAAGUGCAAGAGGUACUCCAGAGACCACAACAACUCAGGACACAGGGACACGGCAGUUAACAAACAGAGGAAGAGCCAGAGGAAGAUCACGUCCCCUGAGGACCAGACCCAUCCACAGUCUGACAACUAA